UAAUGAUAAUAUUUGUAUUAAUCACACUGGUGUUAGGAUAAACAGAAACUUUAGUUGUUAAGCAUCCAUAAGAGUUAGCAAAGAAAGUAGAAUUAGAGUAGAUAAAAUUUAAUAUUGCAAAUUUUGGUUAUGUACCAUAUGGAUAAAGGAUUGCAGGAGUUCUUGAAGUGGCAUCACCAUUUAAUUUUUGUUUUGCAAAUUAAAAUAAAAGUAAUAAUUUCAAUAGUGAUUAUUCAAAUGUAAAAGUACUGUUAGUUGAGAGAGGAGAUUGCUCAUUUUACAUAAAAGUAUAAAAUGUAAUAAUAGAAUUAGACAAUGAAUGCAUAAUAAUAGGGGUAUUAGAUGUUAAUAAUAGUGGAUAAUUUAGAAGAGGAGAUAACAGGUUUGAAUUUGGUAAGUUUGAAUGAGACAAAGGAGAUUGAAAUACCUGCAAUAAUGAUAUCUAAAAAGUAAGGUGAUAUAAUUAAAGAAUAUAUGGAGAAAAACAUAAAUGAGAAAGUUUAUAUAGUAGUGAAAUUUCCAGAGAUGAAAAAAACUGAGAAGGUGAAUUAUUAGUAUUGGUUUAGUGCAAUGGAUAUAUCUAGUUAUUUAUUUUUAGAAUAGUUUUAUCCAUUCCAUAUGGAGAUGAAGGAUUAAUUAGAAUUUAUUCCACAUUAUUCAUUAGAUAGAUGUGGAAUGUGUAAAAAAUAAGGUUAUAACAAACCCACUUAAUAAUGUUUAUCUGGAGGUAGAUAUUGUGCAAAUGAUCCUGAUGCAGAUGGUCCUUUAACUGGUUAAGAUGCUGUAAGAGAAAUAGUGAAAUAAUUAUGCAUAUUUAAAUAAGACAAAUUGAAGUGGUGGAAAUAUGUAGUAAAAUAUAGUAAUCUUUGUUUAAAAGAUAUGUAAAUAUCUAAAUGUUCAUCUGAAAUAAUGGAAUAAAUAAAUAUAGAUUCAAAAGAAGUUUAGAAAUGUUAUUAAGAUAGUUUUAAAAAUAAAAAUGAUGAAAUUGAGGAUAAUGAAUUACUCAGCGAAUAAUAUUAGAUUAACCUUAAUUAUUAAGCAUAUUAUUGGCCUAUUUUGUAUAUAAAUGAUCUAAAAUAUAAAGGAUCUUUAACUAUUCCUACUAAAACUUAUUAAUUUGAAAAUGGACCUUAAUAGUUAUUAGAUACCUCUCAUUUUGGACCACUUUAAACCAUUUGUAGAAGUUUUGAUGAAUAAUAUCUUCCUAACAUUUGUAAAUAAAGAAUGAUUGGUUAUAUUGAUAAUGGAAAUUGGGUAUUCACUCUAUAUAUUAUCUUAGGUUGAACAUUCUCAAGACUCAAAUACUUGGGUUGUAUGGAUUGUGGUAAUCACUAUUAUGAUAUUACUCAUGUUUUGUACCAUUUUCCUAUAUAAGAGAAUGUUUAGAAAAGAAACUAAUGAACAAAUUGUUUAAUAAGUCAAUAUUAAUCUGGCUCAAUAUUAUGCUUUGUAAGAACAAAAAAAAAUAUGAGAAAGUGAUUUCUUAUAUAU